AUGCCUUCCCUCAAGCAGACUUUGCUCCUCCUCGGAGCUAUGCUCCCCGCCAUCUUCGGUGCCCCCAUCGAGAACACUCGCCGGGCUGCUGAGAAGAUCCCCGGAAAGUACAUCGUCACUUUCAAGAGCGGCAUCGACACCGCCAAGAUCGAGCAGCACACCACCUGGGCUACCAACAUCCACAAGCGCAACCUUGCCCGCCGUGAUGCUUCCGAUGAGUCCGAUCUCCCCAUCGGUAUCGAGAAGAACUUCAAGAUCAAGGACUUCGCCGCCUACUUCGGCUCCUUCGAUGACUCUACCAUCGAUGAGAUCCGCAAGAGCGCCGAUGUUGCUCACAUCGAAGAGGACCAGGUCUGGUACCUCGAUGCUAAGACCACCCAGACCGGUGCUACCUGGGGCCUGGGUGCCAUCUCGCACAAGGGCCAGUCCAGCACCAGCUACGUCUACGACGACAGCGCCGGCGAGGGCACCUACGGCUAUGUCGUUGACACUGGUAUCAACGUUGACCACAGCGAGUUUGGCGGCCGCGCUAGCCUUGCCUACAACGCCGUUGGCGGCUCUCACGUCGACAGCGUCGGCCACGGAACCCACGUCGCCGGUACCAUUGGUGGCAAGACCUAUGGUGUCUCCAAGAAGGCCAACCUUCUCUCCGUCAAGGUCUUCCAGGGCGAGUCUUCUUCCACCUCUAUCAUUCUCGACGGAUACAACUGGGCCGCCAACGACAUCGUGAGCAAGUCCCGCACCGGAAAGGCCGCCAUCAACCUGUCUCUCGGUGGUGGAUACUCCUAUGCCUUCAACAACGCCGUCGAAAACGCCUUCGAUGAGGGUGUCCUCACCGUUGUCGCCGCCGGUAACGAGAACUCCGAUGCUGGCGAGACCAGCCCUGCCUCUGCCCCCAACGCUUUGACCGUCGCUGCCAGCACCAGCCGUAACGCCCGUGCUUCUUUCUCCAACUACGGUGACGUCGUUGAUGUCUUCGCUCCCGGCCAGGACAUCAAGUCUGCCUGGAUCGGCUCCAGCUCUGCCACCAACACCAUCUCCGGUACCUCCAUGGCUACUCCCCACAUCGUUGGUCUGGCCAUCUACCUGCAGGCUCUUGAGGGUCUCACCAGCCCCGGCGAUGUCACCAAGCGCAUCAAGGAGCUCGCCACCUCCGGUGUCAUCACCGAUGUCAAGGGCAGCCCCAACCUCCUUGCCUACAACGGCGCUUAA